GGCUCAGCAACCCGCCACAAGGAAGUGUUUCCUAUCGGGGUUGUUGCAGCCUAAGGACUGCCUGCUGAGAAGAGGAGCGGGGAAGAUGAGAUCUCAGAAGACAGAACAUAUCAGCCCAAUUCCUACCCCCAAGACUCUCAUUGUGUCCCAAAGAAACACACGUGUUCAUUUCUCAAGGAAAGGGCACUGACGGUCAUGGAUUAUAACACACCUCAGGGUGGAACCCCAUCAGCGGGUGGUCAGAGGACCGUUGGCGAAGAUGAUUCUUCGUUGAUCAAAGCUGUUUACAAGGGAGAUGUUGUCAGGGUCCAGCAAUUGUUAGAACAAGGGGCUGAUACCAAUGUCUGUGAAGACACCUGGGGCUGGACACCUUUGCACAACGCAGUGCAGGCUGGCAGGGUAGACAUUGUGAAUCUCCUGCUUAGUCAUGGUGCUGACCCUCAUCGGAGGAAGAAGAAUGGAGCCACCCCCUUCAUCAUUGCUGGGAUCCAUGGAGACGUGAAACUGCUCGAGAUUCUCCUCUCUCAUGGUGCAGACGUCAAUGAGUGUGACGAGAACGGGUUCACGGCUUUCAUGGAAGCUGCUGAGCAUGGUAACCCUGAAGCCUUAAGAUUCCUUUUUGCUAAGGGAGCCGAUGUGAAUUUGCGACGACAGACAACGGAGGACAAAAGGAGAUCGAAGCGAGGAGGCGCUACAGCUCUCAUGAGCGCUGCCGAGAAGGGCCACCUGGAAGUCCUGAGAAUUCUCCUCAACGAAAUGAAGGCGGAAGUCGAUGCUCGGGACAACAUGGGCAGAAAUGCCUUGAUCCGUACUCUGAUGAACCGCAAUUGUGAAAAUGUGGAGGAGAUUACUUCAAUCCUGAUUCAACACGGGGCUGAUGUUAACGCGAGAGGAGAAGGCGGGAAAACACCCCUGAUCUCAGCAGUGGAGAGGAAGCACACAGGCUUGGUGCAGAUGCUCCUGAGUCGGGAAGGCAUAAACAUAGAUGACAGGGAUAACGAGGGCAACACAGCUCUACUAAUUGCUGUUGAAGAACAACUGAAGAAAAUCGUCCAGUUACUUCUUGAAAAGGGAGCCGAUACCAAGUGUGGCAAUCUUAUUUUGAUAGCCAAGAGGAAAUAUAACCAUCACCUUGCAAACCUUCUUCACCCUUAUGUAGCUAAUCAUGACACCGACCCUCCCGCUGGAGACUGGUUGCCUCACAGUUCACGUUGGGGGAAAGGCUUAAAAAGACUCCACGAUAUGACUCGACCCAUGAUUGGCAAACUCAAGAUCUUCGAGCAUGAUGACUAUAAAAUUGCUGACACUUCCGAAGGGGCCGUCUACCUAGGGAUCUAUGACAAUCGAGAGGUGGCUGUGAAAGUCUUCUGGGAGGAUAGCACACGUGGAUGUAUGGAAGUCUCUUGUCUGCGGGACUGCAGUGACCACAGUAACUUAGUGGCUUUCUAUGGAAGCGAGGGCCAUAAGGGCUGUUUAUAUGUGUGUGUGUCCCUGUGUGAGUGGACACUGGAAGAGUUCCUGAUGGUGCCCAGAGAGGAACCUGUGGAGAACGGGGAAGAUAAGUUUGCCCGAAGCAUCCUAUUGUCUAUAUUUGAGGGUGUUCAAAAACUACACUUGCAUGGAUACUCCCAUCAGGACCUGCAACCACAAAACAUCUUAAUAGAUUCCAAGAAAGCUGUUCGGCUGGCAGAUUUUGAUCAGAGCAUCCGAUCGACGGGAGAGUCACAGAUGGUCAGGAGCGACUUGGAGGAUCUUGGACGGCUGGUUCUCUAUGUGGUAAAGAAAGGUGAGAUCCCCUUUGAGACACUAAAGACUCAGAAUGAUGAAGAGCUGCUUACAAUAUCUCUAGAUGAGGAGACUAAGGACCUCAUUCACUGCCUGUUUUCUCCUGGAGAAAAUGUAAAGAACUGUCUGAUAGACCUGCUUGGCCAUCCUUUCUUUUGGACUUGGGAGAACCGCUAUAGAACACUCCGGAAUGUGGGAAAUGAGUCUGACAUCAAAGUACGAAAUAGUACGAGUGAGCUUCUCAAACUACUGCAGCCUCAGACACUUGAGCCUUCCAGAAGCUUCGAUCAGUGGACAUCUAAGAUCCACGAAUAUGUUAUGAAUGAAAUGAAUAAUUUCUACAAAAAAAGACAAAACCCUUAUCAGGACACUGUAGGUGAUCUACUGAAGUUUAUCCGGAAUAUAGGAGAACACAUCAAUGAGAAAAAAAAUAGGAGAAUGAAGGAGAUACUUGGAGACCCUUCUCGCUAUUUUCAGGAGACUUUUCCAGAUCUUGUAAUCUAUAUCUACAAGAAACUAAAGGAAACAGAAUACAGUCGACACUUCCCUCAGGCUCCACCACGCCUCAGCGUUCCAGAGGCAGUGGGACCAGGGGGCAUACAGAGCUGAGUCUUGCAAGUUCAUGGGACCAUUUUUUCAAUCAGCAUAGUUCUUGGGAAGUUGUACAUUUCUGGUCCCUUAAGCAGCCUGGUUACUUGUGAGCAAUGAGUUAGAUAGCCAGUGUGUCAGUUUCUGAUACAGUAAGUUCUACACAUUUGCAUGAUCACAAAUGCAGUAUACUACAAAACUAUACUGCUCCAUUUUAGUGGAUGGAAUUGGGAGAGCCUUCUGUUAAGACUUUGUUAAAGAAAAAACAUUAUUGUGUGUGUGUAUUGCCACAUAAGCCUCACAACAUGAAUUCAAUCCCU